CCUCGUACCGUACUUCUAUUAUUUUAUUCUUCUCCGAUACAUCCACACUUAACAAAUCGGUAGGAAACUAAUCUUUACAACACCGAACGCGUCGAGGAACGAAUUAACAACAAAGGCAGGAACCAACUGACAUCAACUAUUCCGAAUAUACUUGACAGACUUAGAUAAAGUCUGCGUACACCGCGCUGUGUUUCGGGAGUGUACUAGUAUUCCUCGGUGCAAAGACGAGCGGAAUCGACCAGAACAUGGCCUUCGAACAAAGCCUCGACGCGGAUCGAGUUGAUGGAUUCAAUAUCUUUUCGGCUUUUGUACGCGUGCCCCUACUCGUCCUUGGUGGAAUUUUGGGAGCAGAUGGAUCUGCCAGUGCGAAUGCGAUGGGCAGUGAUUCGUUGAUGGGUCCUUGCCACGGAAAGAGCAUCGACGACGAUGAAAAUGACAGCACCACUCCGACAAACAACUUGGAUGAGCACUCUCGGGGGGAAGCAAUGGACUGCACGAAACUACUCAAUCAACAAGAGAUGACUAAUGCAGCGAGUGCGGAUAUAGGUCCUUUGGAAAGAGACACCACUGAUGUGAGACAGGAAAACAGCCUGAACAACACGGAGAUAAAACAGACCAAAAACCUGAGCUGGUCCGACGAAAGCGGGCUUCCGCUAGUCUACGAAAACGAUGAGGUAAGACGACAAGCACCAUUUUGUUUUAUUUCGUUUUUGCAUGCAUCAAGAAGCAUUUCAUUCUCCUGCGGAAAAGGAUUGUUUCUGUCGUCGUGGAUGAACAGGACAUACAUUUCGCGAGAUCAUCGUGUAAAGAAGGUGCCUCCUGUUCGCUAGAGUGAAAUAAUGUGAAAGACGAAAUCAAGACGACCCGUUCGAUUAUGCCCGUCAUUUCUUUUGACUAAGCCGACUCGAAUAAAAAAGGUGUCAUGUGAAAGCUAUUUCAGUCUUUUAAUUUUUCUUUUGAGUGCGUCAUGGCCGCAAGUGUCACGUCGAUUCAGAAUUUCUCGGUUGUCACUAAAACAAUUCGGUACUUAUUGAUUGCUUCCGAUCCCGAGGAGUACACCACACGAUUGUCAGUCCAAUGAUUGCAAAAGCUUCACUUGUGUCUCAUUUGAAUUUUCCGAACCUCCGUACGAUGCAAAUGCGAAACUCCCUCGUCACGGUUUCCGGGGUUGAAUUGCAUGAAUGAAUGCAAAUCAUCGACAUCAAUAAUCGUAUCCUCAAUUGACCAUUUCUUCUGCACCGCACUCAAAACACCAUUUCAUUUUUGUCUUCUGUACAUUUGUGAUACUUGUGCCAACGUUUGAAUAAUGGGAAACGAACAGAGUGUAUUGCAUCAUGAUCCCAACAGCAACCCGUACGCGUCAGCAACUGCGAAACCAACGAAGUCAGCCAUGAGGAAAUCGAGAUCAAUCCGGCACGUGGCUGGUAGACUCGCACACCAAGAAAGAAUUACCCCUGCUGGUACUUCGAGAUAUAUUCCAAACAUGAAACCGAGAGCAACUGGAAACGGAUUGAUAAUGCCAACAAGACCCUAUGGAGGACACCCAUCGGUAGACAACAAGGCAAACGGUACGAAUGGCGCGGAGAUGUCUCCUCAAUGGGGCUGGUACAUUAACACGACACCUCCCACUCCCGAAUUGUAUUACAAACACUCGGCUUCGUGUUCUACUGCGGUAAGGAAGCAGGUGUCAGAGAAGGCUGUUCCUACAGCUUCCGGCAUUACCGAUGGGAAGCCAUGCCAAAAUCGAGUCUUUCAGGACCUACAAAAUUCCACCAAGACGAAUCCAAUGGGAGGUUGGACGAGUAUUCCAAUAUGAAAACAUUUGCGUAAUCGAAAGAAGUAUACGGAGACUUGGAAUGAAUAUUCCGACGCAUGGAGUUCGUGGCUGAUGCCCUGUGAGAAAACUGCCGGCAGAGCAUCCCGAGGGUAAAAUGACUAAGCAUUCUUCAGUAAGCUCUCAACAGAAGCAAAAGCUUAAACUCAUUCUUUUGACAGAAUAGAUGCCAAUUGACCGAACUCAUGACGAAAAAGUCAAGAUCACUUUUUCGGGGGGAAUGCUUUGUGCUUAUCUCCCUGUGCAGAUUUAGUACACCCAAUCACUUCAAGUAUUUUUUUAACGUAAGCAGUGGCUGCGAAGAGAUAUGAUUUUGUAAUAGAAUCUUUAUCUAUCCUAAAAAAAUACCAUAUUUUUACAAUGCUAUUUCGAGAAGAGAAAAUGAUGCAUUUCGUUGAAUCGACUCUCUUUAAAGUUCUUGCUCUUUUUCAUCAGUGGUGUCUUCAUUUGUAUCGAGAUCCUCGUGAUCCUCAUCCUCACCGCCGUUCUCUGACCAACCUUCCCACUCGUCUUCUUGUAGAACAGGAAUGUCGUACUUCUUUUCAAGGCCUCUCCAGAGCUUUUCUUUCUUGUUGCGGUAUUUGUAAGCAACAUACCGAGCAUUAUUUUCGUCUCCAUCAAGCAUCGAACCAGGUAAGACAUGUUUGUAGUAAGCAAGCAGUCUUCGGGUGUCUCGCUCCAGGAUGCGUUCGUCAUUCCAAGAUUUGAACAAAAAUCCUCCAAAAAAUAAAAUUGCGAAGGCAACACCGAUGUACCAUUGAAUCGCGGACAUUCUUGCUGACUUAGUCGCCUGAACGACAGAUUGCCUAACAAAGCAAGAAAAUUGGGAGAACAGGUCAAUCGUUAGUACGAAUACAAAAUCGAACGAUAGCACCACUGAAUAUACGCUACUGUGUGAAUCCAGGAGAGAGAGAGAGAGAGGGCGGACAUACGCAUUCACAUUGCACCACGAUGUUUGUAACACCUUACCUAUCUCCAACCAACGUCUGGGUAAUCAAUCCUGAUACCCCUAAACUCAAUUCCAAUGACACUUUCUCACAAGCCGUCUUUUCUUCGUCUUUUUCUAAAAUAACCAAAGGACUCAUAACAUCACCAAUACUGAUCCAUUCGCCGUCACGGGUAAACUUCUGCACAAUUUGGAGCCUCAGGUUGAGCGCUGCCUGCUCUCGUUCGGGUAUGUGUUUGGCUGCUUCUUUAUCUUUUACCGCCUUGUAGAAUUUUUCUUCGUCCUUGUCAGAUACUUUGCCCUCGCGACGAAUGGCACAUUCCGCUGCGCUCAGUUCCAAGGAAUACGGUCCUGCGGGGACACGUCGGUCAAAAUCAAAGAUAGUUUUCACAGGGUUCCAUUUCCCGGCCUUGCCAGCGUGAUAAUUUGUCAUCACUCCCACAGCAACGGGGGCAACAUUCAUAGUCUGCAAAGCCAUUUGAGGUUUCGGCUUUUUCUUGUUUGGCAGUUGUACGAAGUUCACAAGACGACCAUGGCUUACCCCA